CAGUCGAAUCAAACGAAUACUCAGAAAUGAAAAAGUGGGAACGAUUCGAACGAAAAGAAAAGUAAAUUCGCAAAAUCUGGUAUCACAUCAUUGAUGUUUUAUCUUUGAAGUAACAAUAUUUGUCCUAGAAUUUUAUUAUUUUAUUUUUAUUCAUGUUGAACUCUUACUUUAAAGAUGAACCGGUUAGACUAAAUCAAGAAUAUGAUUUCCGUGUGACAACAAUGAAACGUCUGUUAUCAGGUAUGUAUCAUGAUUCAAUUGGCGUAUUGGGGGAGUGUUCCAGUGCGAAAAGGUCGAAAACAUCAGAUUUUGAAGAAUCCAGAACUUCAUUAGUGAACUGGACACAUCUUCCAGAUGUAGUGAUUUCGGAAAUUUUUGACAAUUUGAAUACCCCUGAUAGAUUGAAUGCAUCUUCUGUUUGCAAACAUUGGAGAAAGAAUCUGUAUAAUAAGAAAUGGUGGAAACAUAUUACUUUUACCAUUGAACCCGACAAGAUUAACAAAGCGAGAUACUUCAUUGCAGCCUUCUCUCCGAUUGUAUCUCAUGCUACCAUAAAAUUAAACACCUUUUCCACAGAAUGUAUGGAAGAAUUUGUAUCACUCAUACAAAUAUUAUCUGAUAAUCCUAACCUCAAGACUUUAAUCAUCGAACCAACACACUGUAGAUUUUUUGAAUUCUCAUCAGUGAAAAUAAUAAAAGAAAGUUUGGAAAAUGAUAGUUCUUUAAUCACUAAUUCCAUAACAAAAUGCCUUCCGAAGUUGAAUAAGUUUAGUAUUGGAUGUAUAGAAGACUUAUCAAAUCAAGUGGAACAUUUCUUGAAGAUCUUGAAUGAUAAACAUUCCAAUAAUCUAACUGUUCUUGGACUAGCAUCUGUUAAAGAUGAGCCUGGAAAAUGCAAAAAAAUUGCAUUGAGUCCGUCCCUCUUCAAACCAUUCACGGGCUUGGAGAUUCUAAGUAUAGAUUACGAUGAAUUAUGUGAUGAGUUUUUGAACAACUUAGAAGAUGCCCUCAGCCUCAAGAGGUUGGUGGUGCACCUACAUAGCGUAAGACCCACCCAUCCCGGUACAUCUAAUGAAACAUGGAAGAUUUUCAAGGAAACUCACCCAGAAUGCGAAUUUCGAUUGACGGUUAUUCAUGCAUUUAAAGAUGUUCAUAAUAUGCACACUAAGGUACUCAGAAAACAGAUGCCUCUUUCACAUCUCAAAGUCUUUUUCUGUGAGAGCGUUAACAUAUCUGUGCUGGAAUGUCUAUCACAAUACUACCAAGAAACGCUGAGAAGUCUGAUUUGGGUUGAUUCCCUUAAUCAGGAAGGAGACACUUGGGCUAUAACAACACCUUUCUAUGAAACUCCUGACCCGUUCCUUCUUAUAUCGUGGUUGUGCAAAAAACUGGAAGAAAUCAUCCUUUACGGGUACAAAUAUUGGGAGGACAAUCUCAUAGCUGUUGCUCGGCUCAGAGGACCCCAACUUCAUACACUAGAAAUCGCUGAAGACGAUAUACUAUUUUCAAAUAAAAACAUCUCUCCUCACGAUACAUGUUUUAAGGAUAUCCCAUUGAAUUUAAAAAGAUCUUGGACUCCGAAAAAAAGAUCUGAGCUUCACCCGGUAAUAUGCAAUCCAACUGCAGGUGAUUCGGACGAAUAUUUGUUGCCAAUAGUCCUAGCUGAUCUGCACUAGUUAAGUACAAUUUAAUUUUACCUUAGAAUUUCCAAAUAAAACCUAUUUAUUCAACAUCGAAAGGAAACAAAACGUGGCUGGUUACUGUUCAAUAACUGCGAUUUUAAAACAGACCAUGAGGUUAGAGCAAAUAACAAUUUAUAUUUUAUGUUUUUUGAACAACACGAAGGUUUUUGAACAGUAAAACAAAUAUAUUAUAUAUAUUUAACUUUACUCAUUUGAUCAAAUAAUGUUCAUUGCCCAAUAAUUAAAUUGGAGUACGAGCACAAGCUGUAUUUUUCUAUUGGCAGAAGGUGUUCUUUGUAUCCACCAUCUUACAACAUUUAUAACAUAAGAGAUAAUUCAUUUUAUUACAUCUUGUUAAUGUCAUCGUAUCUCUUUGUCUAGUACAAUUUGUUCAUGUUUAUCAGAGAAUUAAGUGUAACAAGUGUAAGAGGAAUGAUGGGAAGUGUAGCUAUUUAUUUUAGAAAUAUUGGGCAUUCAUUAUUUGACAUUAACCUUUUAAUGGUUGUUAUUUGAUAUAACAUGUUUUUUUCAUUUUCAACUGAUAAAUUGUCCAUCUACAAAUUGUAUCUGUUUUCUUUUCUGUUUAGUACUUAAUGAUAUUCGCCAAAAUAUUUCAUUCAAACGUAUUAUCGAAGGCAUCCAUCUAAACGAUGGAUUUGAGAAUUUAUGAAUAAAGUAGAGGUAAGGGAUUAAAACAUCUGUGAUAACAUAGUUAAACAUAAAUGAUUGUUAACCAAAAAACCUGUUAUAGCUUUGGUCUAUAUACAUAUAUAUGGUGAAUUGGGUUACCAGUGGAAAGAGAGCGUUUUCAUUAUUAUUUAUGAGUAACGUCUUAUAAUCUAUCUUCACUUCAUCGUAGAGAUGAACUUUUAAGAAUAUUGUUAUUUAUUUCAUUACAUUUUUAUUUAUAUUUCUGUCUGUAUUGUUACUGUAAAUAUCAAUGAAAACUCGAAAUGUUUACCACCAAAGAAAUAACUUUUAAUGAAAAUCACAUCGAUAAAGAUGUAUGAUUAAGUAUUGACUAAACAAAUAAUUCACUUGUUGAAUGUUCUUUUGUUAUUUUUAUCAGUAUUAUUUACUCUUGAAACUGUUAGUGAUUUGUACAGACUUUUUUAUAAUCAGAGUUUAUUGUAUACAAUACUCUUCUCAAAUUUUGCAUAUGUAAACAUUUUUAACGAGUAAACAGU